CAAAAGCCAAAAUUCUUCGAGAUAACCAAAACAAUUGAAUGAAGAAAGCACAAGAAACAUUUCAUAUUUCUCAACCUUUGUCCAAUUCAGCAACUCUAUUCACAUUGAUAAAAAAAACAAUCAAUCCUGACGAGACAAUGCCUUAUUAUAUUAAGUCCCACCACCACCAACAAGGUCAUAACCUGAACCAGCUAACUCCAGCAACAACAACAAUAGAAGAGGAAGAACUAGGAAUUCCUUUUGUUGUUGUUGUUGUUGUUGUUGUUGUCCUUGCCCCUCUCCUCUUCUUUGAUGGGUUCCGAGGUCUCCAAACAGGUUGAGAGACGAAAGGCGAUCCACACAGAGGGAAAAACUCUGUCUGAUCUUAGAAACUCUGGGGAAGAUUACCCUGGCUCAGAUUAUCAUCCCUCAGACAGAAAAAAAUGGAUGUCUGAGCUCAACCCUGAGAAAGUUGUGAUAAAACAAAUUGUUUGGCCUGGAACCCAUGAUUCUGCAACCAACAAGAUUGGCAUCCCAUGCAUCACUCGGCCUUUUGCUCAAUGCCAAUCCUUGUCCAUCUACCAGCAGCUUGUGUUGGGGACAAGGGUGAUUGACAUUCGGGUGCAGGAGGAUCGUAAAGUGUGCCACGGAGUCCUCGUUACAUACAGCAUCGACGUUGUCAUCAAAGAUCUCAAGAAGUUCUUAUCAGAAACUCAGUCCGAGAUCAUCAUCCUCGAGGUUAGAACCGAGUUUGGGCACGAGGACCCUCAGGAAUUCGACAAGUACCUUGAGGAACAACUGGGGGAUUACCUAGUUCCCCAGGAUGAUAAGGUUUUUGAAAAGACAAUCGCAGAGGUGCUACCAAAGAGAGUUAUAUGUGUUUGGAAGCCAAGAAAAUCGCCACAGCCUAAGGCAGGGAGUCCUCUGUGGAGUGCAGGGUACUUGAGGGAUAACUGGAUCAACACUGAUUUGCCAUCAACCAAGUUUGAGAGCAACAUGAAGCAUUUGAGUGAGCAGCAACCUGUUACGUCCAGAAAAUACUUCUACAGGGUGGAGAAUACCGUUACGCCUGUGGCGGAUAACCCCGUUCUGUGUGUGAAGCCUGUCACUGAGCGCAUUCAUGGCUUUGCAAGGCUCUUCAUUAGUCAGUGCUUCUCCAAAGGGUAUGCAGAUAGACUGCAGAUUUUUUCUACGGAUUUCAUUGACCAGGAUUUCGUUGAUGCAUGCGUUGGACUCACACGUGCCAGGGUUGAGGGUAGAGCCUGAAAAUUGAAAUUAUCUCUCUUAUGCUCGUAACUCUUCUUGUUCAUGGUUCUGUCUCUUUUAUGUAGCAGUGUAGCUGGAUCAUAUGGUUGUUGGGGUCACAUAAUAUUUGGUGGAAAUUUCUGAUGUGGUAAUAAACAGUGGUUUGUGCUGUGGUGUCAUAUGAAUGCAAAUCUUUAAUUUGGAUUAAUUGCAAAA